CGUAUUCCCAAACUACCCUUCUUCGCAUUCGUCUCUCUCUCUGAACAAGCCCCAGCUUCCGUCAUCGCGAUGCUGAAGUUUACGCUGGCCACCGCCAGCCAGAUUCGCUUUCUCCUCCAGGGCGUCAACGACGCCAACUCCGACUCCAUUCUUCGAGAGGUCUCUCAGUUUAUUGAAUAUGGAAUUGAGGGAAGCAUUUUGCUGUUACAGGCCUGUCUGGAUCAUCUCACUAAUUACAGAACAGAGUUAAAGAACGCAGCAUUGGAGCGGGUUUUUGCCUCAAUUUUCAAAUCUCUCCUUGAUAGACCUAAUUUCUGUACGGUGUUUUGUCAGUCCCUAAGAAAUACAGAGAUUAGUGAAGGAAUUCUUGAGAAUAUCUCUAAUGCAUUACACCUGUCUGUAUCUGAGAAAACUGGCAUUGCUCUUGCGUUGUCAGAUUCUGAAAACCUAGACACCAGGAUAUGUGGCAAGAGCUUCUGUAUGGCUCAGAUCCAGAAAUUGUGUGAAAAUCCUAUUGUUUGGAAUUCAUCUGAGCAAAUUCAGAACAUUGUUAUGUUCCUCCAGCGGUCUGAGGGCCUUUCCAAGCAUGUCGAUUCCUUUAUGCAGAUGUUAUCUUUACUGCAGCUGAAAGAUGACAGUUUUUCUGUUUUAACUCCAUUGCUUUCAGAUGAGCUCCGUGAUGCCAAUUUUUUGAGCAAUGUGGAUUUGUUGCAUGAAAAUGGAGAAAAUAAUUUUGAUGCUAUUUUAUCUGAAAUGGAGAAGGAAAUCAGCAUGGGAGAUAUAAUGAAGGAAUUAGGUUAUGGAUGCACAGUUGAUUCAUCUCAGUGCAGCGAGAUUUUAUCUCUUUUCUUACCUCUGACUGAGAUUACUAUUUCAAAAAUCCUUGGCAUGAUUGCCUCUACUCAUGUUGGUCUUGAGGACAAUCAGAAUACAUUUUCAACGUUCCGGUUGGCGCUUGGUAACAGCACUUUAUCCGAUCUGCCUAUGUUGAACACCUGGAAUAUUGAUGUCCUUGUAGAUACAAUCAAGCAACUUGCUCCCGGCACUAACUGGAUACAAGUUAUUGAAAAUUUGGAUCAUGAGGGAUUCUACAUUCCUAAUCAGGAGGCUUUCUCUUUUUUCAUGUCCGUGUAUCAGCAUGUGUGUGAGGAUCCAAUCCCCCUCCAUGUUAUCUGCGGGUCUGUUUGGAAGAAUACCGAGGGUCAGUUAUCCUUCCUUAAACAUGCUAUAUCAGCACCACCUGAAGUGUUUACCUUUGCCCACUCUGUUAGGCAACUGGCCUAUAUUGAUGUAGUGCAUGGCCAUAAGCUUCAACUUGGACAUGCAAAUCAUGCAUGGUUGAGUCUUGACCUUUUGGAUGUACUGUGUCUACUAGCUGAGAGGGGUCAUGCUCUUGCUGUUCGAUCAAUGCUUGAAUAUCCUCUUAAACACUGUCCUGAAGUCCUGCUUCUUGGGAUGGCACAUACAAAUACUGUGUAUAACCUGCUGCAAUAUGAAGUGUCUUAUACUGUUUUCCCCAUGAUGGUAAAAAAUGCAACGAGCAGUGGCAUAAUUAACCACCUCUGGCAUAUUAACACCUCAUUGGUGCUGCGGGGAUUAGUGGAUGCUCACAAUUGUGAUCCAGAUAACAUAGCUAGAAUAUUGGAUAUCUGUCAAGAGCUAAAGAUUCUAUCGUCUGUCCUAGAGAUGAUGCCUUCCUCUUUUAGUAUCAGAAUGGCAGCCCUUGCUUCCAGAAAAGAGCUUGUAGACCUUGAGAAGUGGUUGAGUAAUAAUUUGAAUACGCAUAAGGAUAUUUUCUUUGAGGAGUGCAUAAAGUUCUUGAAGGAGAUUCAAUUCGGUGGGUCACAGGAUUUCUCCACCAGACCUUUCCAACAUUCUGGUGCCGUGUCUAAUAUUUAUGUGGACACUGCUACUAUAUUCUUGAAGGUUCUUAAAGCUUAUAUUGGCUUGAUUGCCUCUAGCCAACUUACUGAUGAGUUGGAAAGGUUGUCUGUAACAAUUAUGGAUUCUAAUCCAAGGCUGCAGAAUGGUGACCCUACAGAGUCAACCGAUGGAUAUGCAGAUGAUAUUGAAGCUGAAGCAAACUCUUACUUUCAUCAAAUGUUUUCUGGUCAGUUGACAAUUGAUUCAAUGGUCCAAAUGCUUGCCCGAUUCAAGGAAUCUUCUAUAAAAAGGGAACAGUCAAUUUUUGAGUGCAUGAUUGCAAAUCUGUUUGAAGAAUAUAGAUUUUUCCCCAAGUAUCCUGAAAGACAGCUCAAAAUUGCCGCAGUUCUGUUUGGCUCUGUCAUCAAACACCAGCUUGUAACUCAUCUGACUCUUGGGAUCGCUCUGCGUGGUGUUUUAGAUGCAUUGCGCAAGCCUGCGGAUUCAAAAAUGUUUGUGUUCGGAACUAAGGCCUUGGAGCAGUUUGUGGAUCGUCUGAUUGAGUGGCCUCAGUAUUGUAAUCAUAUUCUUCAAAUAUCCCAUCUGCGGAGUACUCAUUCAGAGCUUGUGGCUUUCAUUGAACAGGCUCUUGCCAGGAUUUCAUUAGGCCAUUUAGACUCAGAUGGAAGUAACCAUGCUUCCGCUGCUCAUCACCAUGGUCCCAGUCAAGGUACCCCAGGAAAUGUAGAGUUAAAUGGCUCUACCAUCUUACAUACUGGGCAACAACUUUCUUCACCACUCCAGCUUCAACAGAGACAUGAAAGUUCUCUUGAUGACCAUCAUAAAGCCUCAAAUUCAUCAAAUGACAUAAAGCCACCUUUAUCUUCUGCUGUGCAACCUUCGGUUGGUCCUGUUGAUGAUCCUCCUAGUAUUCAGAAGUCACAAAGUGCACUCAGUGCUCCAGUAAUGUUGUCUUCUGCUUCCCCUGGUUUUGUUCGUCCUUCUCGAGGAGUUACUUCUACCAGGUUUGGCUCUGCUUUGAAUAUUGAAACAUUAGUUGCUGCUGCCGAGAAAAGAGAUACUCCCAUCGAGGCUCCAGCAUCAGAGAUUCAGGACAAGAUAUCAUUUAUAAUUAAUAAUAUUUCAGUUGCCAAUGUUGAAGCUAAGUCAAAGGAGUUCGCUGAAAUAAUGAAAGAGCAGUACCAUCCUUGGUUUGCACAGUAUAUGGUUAUGAAAAGGGCAAGCAUUGAGCCGAAUUUUCAUGAUUUGUACCUGAAAUUUCUGGACAAAGUUAAUUCUAAGGGGUUGAAUAAGGAGAUUGUUCAAGCCACUUACGAGAACUGCAAGGUUCUUCUUGGAUCUGAGCUUAUAAAAUCAAGCUCAGAAGAGCGUUCAUUGUUAAAAAAUUUAGGCAGUUGGCUUGGGAAGCUUACAAUUGGAAGGAAUCAAGUCUUAAGGGCUCGGGAAAUAGAUCCCAAAUCUUUGAUUAUAGAGGCAUAUGAAAAGGGGUUGAUGAUUGCAGUUAUACCCUUUACUUCAAAGAUUCUGGAGCCAUGCCAAAGUAGCUUGGCAUAUCAGCCACCAAAUCCUUGGACAAUGGGUAUUCUUGGAUUACUUGCUGAGAUAUAUUCAAUGCCAAACUUGAAAAUGAACCUGAAGUUUGAUAUUGAGGUUCUAUUCAAGAAUCUUGGUGUGGAUUUGAAGGAGAUAACUCCAUGUUCUCUUCUCAAGGACCGGAACAGAGAACUUGAAGGGAAUCCUGAUUUCUCUAACAAAGAUAUUGGAUCAUCCCAACCACAGUUGGUUGCUGAUGUGAAAUCCGGAAUGUUAUCUCCACUAAAUCAGGUUGAACUACCCGUUGAGGUUGCUCCAUCUAAUUCUGGAAGCCAUACACAUCUACUAUCUCAGUAUGCACCCCCUGUUCAUAUUUCAACUGGCACCUUAAUUGAGGAUGAAAAGCUGUUGCCUGAUCAGAUUCCUGCUCAAGGACUGUUACAAGCUACUCCAUCCCAGUCACCAUUCUCUGUUCCCACACCAAUAUCUAAUAUUGCAACUCACGUGGUUAUUAACCCGAAACUCGGUGCUUUGGGAUUGCACUUGCAUUUUCAGAGGGUGGUUCCGAUUGCAAUGGACAGAGCUAUCAAAGAGAUAGUAUCUGGUAUCGUUCAGCGCAGUGUUUCUAUAGCUACUCAGACAACUAAAGAACUUGUCUUAAAGGAUUAUGCCAUGGAAUCCGAUGAGACAAGAAUAUUAUAUGCAGCUCACUUGAUGGUUGCAAGUUUGGCAGGAAGUCUAGCUCAUGUAACUUGCAAGGAACCCUUGCGUACUUCAAUAUCAACUCAGCUGCGAAAUUCCCUUCAGGGAUCAAACAUUCCAAAUGAUCAUCUGGAACAUGCUGUACAACUUGUUACUAAUGACAAUCUGGAUCUUGGCUGUGCAAUCAUUGAACAGGCUGCUACUGAUAAGGCGGUACAAACAAUUGAUGGAGAAAUAACUCAACAACUGUCAUUAAGAAGGAAGAGGGAAGGUGCAGGUACAACAUUUUUUGAUGCUAACAUGUACACACAAAGUGGCAGUGUGCCCGAGUCCCUUCGCCCUAAACCUGGUCAUUUGUCCAUUUCUCAACAACGAGUUUAUGAGGACUUUGUGCGGCUUCCCUGGCAAAACCAGUCUAGCCAGAAUUCACAUGUUCUUCCUGCUGGUACUGCGGCUCCAUCUGCAAGUGCUGGUCUAAAUGGCACAUUUGGUUCAGCCUCGGUUCAACUUAACACAGGCUACUCAGCAGGUCCUGGAAGCAAGUUUGAUGCUGUUUCUCGUCCACUGGAUGAGGCGGUUGAACCCAAUCCAGCUCUGCAUCCAAGUUCAUCCUCUAUUUGUGUUGGAGCGGGUGAUGGUGUUUCCCAGCAUAGUUCUGAGAAUGAUUCUGUCAUUGGUUCAUUUCUUUCUGCUGCUUCUGCCCCAGAGCUGCAGUCAGUAGAGUCAUCUGAUGCUAUAAAGGAAUCUGGAAUUUCUUCACAGCCGCUACCUUCAUCUACUGCAACUGAACGUCUGGCAUGCAACAUCUCAGAACCUUCUCUCAAUACAAGGGAUGCAUUGGAUAAAUACCAGAUUGUUUCACAGAAGCUUGAAGAUUUGGUAACCAACGAUGCUAAAGAGUCAGAAAUUCAGGGAGUAAUUGGUGAAGUUCCUGAGAUUAUACUCAGAUGUGUUAGUCGAGAUGAGGCUGCCUUGGCUGUGGCUCAAAAGGUUUUCAAGGGUUUAUACGAGAAUGCAUCGAACCAUACUCACGUCAGUGCUCAUAUUGCAAUGCUGACAGCUAUUCGUGAUGUUUGCAAGCUUGUUGUUAAGGAGCUCACCAGUUGGGUUAUUUAUUCUGAUGAAGAGCGGAAGUUUAACAAAGAUAUUACCGUUGGCCUUAUUCACAGUGAAUUACUAAAUCUUGCAGAGUACAAUGUUCAAAUGGCAAAACUCAUUGAUGGGGGCAGAAAUAAGCUUGCAACUGAGUUUUCAAUUUCCCUUCUCCAAUCUUUGGUGAUUGAAGAAUCUAAAGUUAUAUCAGAACUUCAAAAUCUUGUUGACGCAUUGGCAAAGCUCGCUGCAAAGCCUGGAUUUCCUGAGUCGCUACAGCAGCUGGUUGAAAUGGUAAAGUAUCCUGCUUCUAUAGUGGGUGCUCCGUCUGCUAUUAAUGUAGGAAAAGAGGACAAGGGCAGAAUAUCUAAGGAUAAAAAGGCUUCUGUUCACUCUCUGGUGAGCAGGGAAGACUUUAGUAAUGUGGAGUCUGUCGAACCAGAUCCUCCUGGAUUCCGUGAGCAGGUGUCCAUGCUGUUUGCAGAGUGGUACCGGAUUUGUGAACUUCCUGGUGCAAACGAUGCAGCUAAUAACCAUGUUAUCUUGCAGCUGCAUCAAAAUGGUCUGCUAAAAGGGGAUGAUAUGACGGACCGGUUUUUCCGUGUCCUCACAGAGCUAUCUGUUGCACAUUGCCUAUCUUCUGAGAUGACAAUUCCAGGGACACUGCAAACACCUCAACAAGUGCCGAAUUUCUCCUUCCUUGCUAUUGAUAUCUAUGCUAAACUUGUUUUCUUAAUUUUGAAGGGAUCAAAUAAACUAUUUCUCUUGUCUAAGAUUUUAGCAGUCACAGUGAGAUUCAUUGAAAAGGAUGCAGAGGAGAAAAAAGGAUCUUUCAACCCAAGACCAUAUUUUAGAUUGAUUGUUAACUGGCUUCUAGACCUUGGUUCUUUGGAUCCUGUGAUUGAUGGUGCUAACUUUCAGAUAUUGACAGCAUUUGCAAAUGCAUUUCAUGCUUUGCAGCCCCUUAAGGUUCCUACAUUCAGCUUUGCAUGGCUUGAGUUGGUGAGUCAUAGGAGUUUCAUGCCAAAAAUGCUUGCUGGAAAUGGCCAGAAGGGUUGGCCCUAUAUCCAACGUUUGCUGGUACAUUUGUUUCAAUUCAUGGAGCCAUUUUUGAGGAAUGCUGAACUUGGAGUCCCGGUUCAUUUCCUGUAUAAAGGCACACUUAGGGUGCUGCUAGUGCUGCUCCAUGACUUUCCGGAGUUCCUUUGUGAUUAUCAUUUUACGUUCUGUGAUGUAAUUCCUCCAAGCUGCAUUCAAAUGCGAAAUAUCAUCCUCAGUGCGUUUCCCCGUAAUAUGAGGCUACCAGAUCCAUCUACUCCCAACUUAAAGAUUGAUUUACUUGCUGAAAUCAGUCAGUCUCCACGUAUUCUCUCUGAGGUUGAUGCAGCUCUAAAAGUGAAGCAGAUGAAAGCUGAUGUGGAUGAAUACCUCAAGACAAGGCAACAGGGUUCUUCAUUUCUGACUGAACUGAAGCAAAAGUUGCUCCUUUUACCAAGCGAAGCUGCCUCAGCUGGUACCCGUUACAAUGUACCCCUGAUCAACUCCCUUGUGCUUUAUGUUGGGAUGCAGGCUAUCCAGCAGCUUCAGGCUAGAACGCCUCAAGCCCAAUCUACCCAAACUGUUCCAUUGGCUGUCUAUUUGGUGGGUGCUGCUUUGGAUAUUUUUCAGACUCUGAUAGUGGACCUAGAUACUGAAGGGCGCUACCUUUUCCUAAAUGCGAUUGCGAACCAACUGCGAUAUCCAAACACCCAUACCCAUUACUUUUCCUUCAUUGUUCUGUACUUGUUUGCCGAUUCAAACCAGCAUGAAAUUAUCCAGGAGCAAAUCACAAGGGUAUUGUUGGAACGUCUGAUUGUUAACCGACCUCAUCCAUGGGGUCUUCUGAUUACCUUCAUUGAGCUUAUCAAGAAUCCGAGAUACCAGUUCUGGAACCGAGCAUUCAUCAGAUGUGCACCGGAGAUUGAAAAACUUUUCGAAUCUGUGUCAAGGUCUUGCGGCGGUCCAAAACCUGUGGACGAAAGUAUGGUCUCAGGUUGGGUAUCAGAGAGUGCCCACUAAUUAUUUGCAUGGCCGAAAGACAGGAUUUGUAUUUUUUGCGACCGUAAUGAGCAGCAAGUUGCAUCUGCAUGUUUUAGGUGUUCAAUCCCCAUGCGAUUGUAUUUGCUUAUUUUGUAUUUUGUAUUUUACCUAAAUUGUAAAUUGAUUCCCCUCUAUUAAUUGCCAGCCAUAGAUCAGCAAAAUUUCAGAUUGAAUGUUUCCAACA